AUGGUGGGUGAGACAGAUAAGAAAUCAAAGAAAAAGAAGGACAAGGUUAAAACUAUAGGCAACAAAUAUAGAUUGGGAGAGGUAUUAGGUAGAGGUGGUUUUGGCGUUGUUUAUAAAGCCUACAAUACGGACACUGGUGAAUUUGUUGCUGUAAAAAGAAUAACGGUCAAGAAAUGUUCAAAAGAACAAAUAGAAACAAUUCAUACCGAAAUCAAUUUGUUGAAAAAGUUAAAACAUAAUAGAAUAGUAAGAUAUGUGGAUCAUAUACCCUCUAAGAGUAAAUUAUAUAUUGUGAUUGAGUUUGUGGAAACUGGUUCAUUGUUGGAUAUUGUACAAAAAUAUGGUAAUAUGAAGGAAAAUGUUGUUUGCAAAUAUGUUGCUCAAGUAUUGGAAGGUUUGCAAUACCUACACUCUGAAGGUGUUAUUCACAGAGAUAUUAAAGGUGCAAACAUUCUAACAACAAAGGAAGGUGACAUUAAACUAGCAGACUUUGGUGUGGCUGCAACUUUAGCAGAUGUGGAUGACAAUCCUGUUGGUACACCGUAUUGGAUGGCUCCCGAAAUUAUUGAAAUGAACCCUUCCACACCUGCUUCUGAUAUUUGGAGUUUGGGUGCUACUGUUAUUGAACUUUUAAAUGGAGAACCUCCAUAUUUUAAUUUGGAUGCCAUGCCUGCAUUGUAUAGAAUUGUGCAAGAUCAACAUCCUCCACUACCAACAGGUAUCUCAGCGGAAUGUGAAGACUUUUUAAUGGAUUGUUUUAAAAAGCAUCCAACAUCAAGAAAAACAGCUGAACAACUGUUACAACAUCCUUGGAUUUUACAAGGAAAAAAGCAAACACAACCAACACCAGUUACAACCAAAGAAAAGGAAGGCGAAAUCAAGACAACACAACUCGAAAAAUAUAAUGAAGAUGAAGAAGAGGAUAAUUUUGAUUUUGGAGAUGAUGAUGAUGGACUUGCUUUAAAAAUCGGAAACAAGCUUAAAUCUCCUAGAGAGGAUAAUCCUUUUGAUGAUGAUGACGAUGUAAAUCCUUUCUCAAAUAUGGUUAACAUAGCUCCAAAGGAUAAAGAAAAAUUCCUUCCAAAACCAUUCUUUCCAGGAGGAAAUAGUAAGAAAAAUUUAUCAAUCUAUGUUGAAGAUGACGAUGAUGAAUGGGAGGAUGAUUUGGAUCCAUGGGAUGGAAAAGGAGACAAGAAUUCUACUGAAGAUUUAUUUGCAAAAAUGCAAAAAGUUCAAGGAAGAGCAGAGGAAGCAAUUGAGGAUGAUCUAUUCUUCCAAGAUACAUUUGAAGAUAUUUUUGAUGAUAUGGACAAACAAAAUGAUGAUGAACUAUUAAAACCAGAGAAGGAUUUUAACAUGCUUUUGGAAAAAUUUCAACAGGAUGUAAUGACAGAAGACUUGUUUGUUGUGCAAUGUGAAAAACUUAUUUCCAUACUUACAGAGUUCGCUAGAUUAAAGUGUAGAGUGAAAUCAGUUGUUCCAAUACCAUUUGUAGAACUUCUCUCAAUGUCUCAACAGUAUUCUUCAUCAUACAAAACUAUAGAGGCAGCCCUAAAGCUCAUCAACCAAUUCAUUCUAGAGGAUGAUAUUGCCUGGUUUCAAGAGAGUAUUCACUUUAAAGAGACUUUGUGUUUAGUUGGUAUACUUCCAAAUAUUAUGCAAUUUUGCCACAAAAACUAUCCAUAUGCUGUUAGAUAUCAAGCUGGAUCGUUUAUUAGAAGUAUUUUCAAGACUAGCCAUUUUACAGUGAGAAUGUUUAUUGGAUGUCAAGGAAUUAGAGUACUUGUUGACUUGUUGGCCCAUGACAAUGAUCGUCUUGAAGAUGGUAUAGAAUUAGUUUACGAAACAAUAGAGAAUAUUGAACAAGUUUUUGAUUUACCUCAAGAAGCUAUCAAAACUCCAAAGAAUGAUUUUUGCAGAUUAUUCUCCAAAAACGGGUUAAUGCCAAGACUAAGCGAAGUUUUGUUAUUACUUGUGAAAAGAUUUUCUCUUAACACCAAUGAUGUGGUUACCAAAAAGUAUUUGGACAAGACAAUAUCGCUUCUCUUGCUAUUCUCAAAUAUGGAUUCAGUAGUCAGAGCACAUAUGGCAGAAGUUGCUUCUCUCAAGAGAAUUUUACAAUCUUUCUCUACUCUCGAUACAAACAAUGAGGAUCAGAAAGAAUUCAAGCUAAGCCUAGCUAUUGUAACAAAAAAUCUCGCUACCUAUCCUGUCACAUUUGAAUCAUUUGAAAAAGCUGAUGGUAUUCCAGUCCUUGUAAAAAUAUUAGCCGAAAGAGAUGCUUCCAUAGGUAACCAAAUGAUAACAGCCAUACUCCACCUUACUCGCUUUAACAAAAAACGUCAAAUCAUUGCUGUGGAAGCUGGUAUUGUUCCUGAGAUACAAUAUUUUAUCAGUAAUGAUAGUAUUUUAAAAACCUUUGCUGUUGACAUGUUAUGUGAAAUUGUAAGAGUGAACGUUCCAAGCGUAAGAAAAGAGUUGAAAGAUAGCAAAAUGUUAGAGUUCUACAUCAAAGUAUUAGGAGUACAAAAUUGGCAACUUAAAGCUAUGGAGUCUUUGAGCAAAUGGUUAAAUGAAGACAAGGAACGUGUAGAAUCUGUUCUUGCCAAAUCAGAGAAUAUUAACAAACUAGUAGACGUGUUUUGUAGCGCACCCUCUCGUUUUGUUUCGUCUCCUCUUCUUAGUAUAAUAUCAAGCUCUGUCAAAUUAAGCAAGGCUUUAAGUCAAUCUAACGAGUUCAUUACCAAAGUUGUAAAACAUGCCCUUCUUCAACCCCAUUCUGACAAAAAAGUACGAUCUGAUCAACUUAAGAUUGUGCAAAGCUUAUACAAAUGGUGUGAAAAUCCUAAGAUUAUGACAACCGAACUUUAUUCUGUAAUCUUCCGCAUUAGAGAAACUGAAAGCUCUAUGCUUAUCAAAGAUUUGGCUGAUGACCUUAUUAAGGCCUUUGAAGCAAACCUUAAAGUGUAAAUUUAUCCAAUAAAUUAUUAUUAUCCAUGUUU